AUGGCCACCGUAGUACCGCCACCAUCCAAGAAGCAAAAGAGGGAGGCCCAGAAGGUGCGGGAGUUGGAGCUUGUCCCUGCGGAUUUGCCCAAUGUGCUCAUCAAAUUCCAGGCCUCUGACACCGGGGAGUCCGUGGGAGGGUCGAUGAGGGUGCCAGGAGGAAUCAGUGAAAAGCAGCUCGAGGAGUUGUUGAACCAGCUCAACGGCGAGAACGACGACCCUGUUCCAUACACAUUUGCGUUGUUGGACACCAGCGAAGGUGCCGACGGCAAGUUGGUCGACAUCAAGGACAACUUGUGGGCGUCGGUGUUGAAACCAGGUAUCAAGACCACUGAAGACUUCAUGACGUUGGUGUACACGCCGCGUGCCGUGUUCAAGGUGCGUCCUGUGACGAGGUCCAGCGUGGCAAUUGCCGGGCACGGCUCCACCAUCUUGUGCUGUCUGUUUGCCCCCAACGACUCCGGCAGAAUGUGUUCGGGAGCAGGCGACUCCACCGCCAGAAUCUGGGACUGCGACACCCAGACCCCAAUGCACACGUUGGCAGGACACACCAACUGGGUGUUGUGUGUGGCCUACUCACCCUGUGGCACCAUGAUCGCCACGGGGUCCAUGGACAACACCGUGCGGUUGUGGGAUGCUCUGCUGGGCAAGCCUUUGGGAUCCCCAUUGGUGGGACACACCAAGUGGGUGUCUUCGUUGACCUGGGAGCCCUUGCACUUGGUAGCUGUGGGUGAGCGUCCCAGAGUGGCCUCGGGCUCCAAGGACGGCACUGUCAAGGUGUGGGACACCACCAGCAGAGUGUGCACGCUCUCGAUGAGCGGCCAUACCAACUCGGUUUCAUGUGUCAGAUGGUCAGGCUCCAAUCUUGUGUAUAGUGCCUCCCACGACAAGACCAUCAAGGCGUGGGAUAUCAGUGCACGCGGCAAAUGUAUCCAGACGUUGAAGAGCCAUGCCCAUUGGGUCAACCAUUUGACAAUCUCCACCGACUACGUGUUGCGUCGUGGAGGCUUCGACCACUCCAGCACCCGUUCAUCGGCCAAAAAGCUUUCUCCCGAGGAGUUGAGGGCCAAGGCACUCCAGAACUACGAAAAGGUGGCUCGUGUCAACGGAGUGGUGAGCGAGAGACUCGUCACUGCCAGUGACGACUUUACUAUGUACUUGUGGGAACCCUUGAAGUCAUCCAAGCCAGUUUGCCGUAUGACAGGCCACCAGAAGUUGGUCAACCACGUAUCUUUCUCUCCCGACGGCCGCUACGUGGUGCUGAGCUCGUUCGAUAACUCCAUCAAGGUGUGGGACGGGUUGAGAGGCACGUUUAUCGGCACCCUCAGGGGCCAUGUGGCUCCAGUCUACCAGACUGCGUGGUCUGCUGACAGCAGACUCUUGGUCAGUUGCUCGAAAGACACCACCUUGAAGGUGUGGGACAUCAGAACCAGGAAGUUGAACGUGGACUUACCAGGCCACGCCGAUGAGGUGUAUGCUGUGGACUGGAGUUUAGACGGUAAGCGCGUGGCCAGUGGUGGUAAGGACAAGAUGAUCCGACUCUGGGCCCACUAG